GGAAGGGGCGGCCUGUGGGGCUAACAAAAGGAAAAAUAUUGAAAAACAUUUGCCAGUCUAAAACAUGGGGCAGUAUGGGUUCUUUAUUGAGCCAUUUGUUUCUGUCUGCGUGUCCUUCCGCUUAAAGCUUUGGACUGUCGGGUUCUCUUUCGUGGCUCCGCUCUCCCUCAUUGGCUUGUGAAGUCCCCGUGCUCUUGACAAUGAACCGCACAGUGUUGCCCUCAGCACCCCCGUGUGUUGUUUUUCGUAGCAGUGCGUCUACGUGGUGCGAUGUUUGUGGCCUGAUCCGACAUUUGUCAAAGCCUUAGUGGAGAAGCUCUGAAAAGUGUGCUUCAAAUAUCGCUAACUAAAAAUACGACCAACCACUUUAUUCUCCAUUUGCCAGCUAUUACGAACACCUGAAAGGACUAACCUUCUGGAGCUAUAUUCCAAAUAAAGAAUCCGCCAUUACCAAUAAACGGGUUGACCCGGAUCAAUAAUCAAUUUGCCGAUAAAUAUUUAAGAGCUGAAGGCAGUAAUUUUGAAGGACCUAAGCACUCGGAAAGGUCAAGAGGCAAUCAUGAACUGGGACUGGGCAGUGGGGGGCAUCACAGAUGAGAUCCCUCGUACGACGGGGCCCGAGUGCAUCAAUUACAUGACGGACCGGAGGCGCUGGGUGGAAACGGUGCUGUUAUCCGCCUUGUUCAUUUUCAUCAUGCACCGCUCCUGGUUGCGGCUAGCGCCAAUAAAGCUUCCGCCUCUUCACGAGACCCAGAAGCCCCACAGUCCAACGAGACUGUUCCUCCUCAUCGCCCUAUCCAUGAUCUUCGGCAUUGAGAUGGGCUUUAAGCUGGCCGGCCGCUCGAUGAUAUUCGCUCUUAAUCCCUGCCACGUGCAGACAUGUCUGCAGAUCUAUCUCCUGGCGGCAAAGCCCACGAAGACAACGACAGCGCUGUUCCGGAUACAAAUGAGUAACUUGAAUGGGCCCUUCCUGGCGUUCCUCUUCCCUGAGGUAGAGGGACGUACGUAUCCUUUCGAGCAGUCCACUUAUUGGAUUCAGCACGCCCUGCUGUACAUCAUUCCGAUUUACAUAAUCCGGAGCGGAGCUUAUACCGUCGAGGAUCUUGGCGACUUUAACUGGUCCCACAUAGGCACAGCCUUCAUGCUGUUCUAUCAUUUCGUCCUGCUCUCCCCGCUCUCCAUAUUUACCGGUAUCAAUCUGGACCAUAUGCUUUGCGCAGCGAUGUCGGAUCCAUUCCAAGGUGCCAACUACAGGUUGUUUGCUUGUUGCCACCAAACACUGCUCUGUCCGUUGCUUAGCAAGGGCACCGUUUUGCUAUUCGGGCGUCCCAGCAGGAAAGACUUGUGUGCCGGUGAAACGGUUCCACGAUCAGGAGCUUUAACAGAUCCUGCGCUUGGAGCCGUGCACCAGUAUCACCAGUUGACAGCAGCGGAAUACCCCUCGCAGGAGGAAGCAACAGAGGCUCUGUUACGGCACAGGUACAAUGCCCAGGCAACGGCGACGACGGGAGUGGCACUCUCCCCCGACGUGGCAGAAUUGGCCAUUGGAGCGGAGUACACCAUGCCCACGACCAAGAUCGACUAGUACAUGGCUUGAAAGAGGGCCCACUGCGUCUAUUAUGUCUGUCAAUUCACGAACUGCGAAUAGCCUUUUCGGUCCACGAUUCGCAACCAGCCUCCUAGCUCGAUGUAAUGAAAUAUUUUGGAUUCACGCGAGAACUGAACAAUAAAUAGUGGAAAAAAGACGUGUAGAUAAUAACAAUUAAGGCUAAUAUUUAUGCUCAGUGAGGUUAUACUUCUAAAAAACAAUGAAACCGUUCUUAAAAUUACAUAAUUGUUCAAUAGAAACCCAUUUCUUUAAUGGUAAAUCAAAAGUAAACUCACAUACAUAGGUGAACAAAAAUUGUGUACAUUUCUUAAUGUAAGCUCCAUAAAGCAAACGAAAUAAAUUUCCUAAUUCAAACCAG